AUGAAACAAAGCUUAAGAAACAAGGAGCUCUGGAAAUGAAAGAACUCUUCAUCUAAUCAAAAUACCCGCAAAAUAAGUCAAAGAAAGAAAUAAAGGGAGUUGUAAAAGGUUGAGACCAAAAACUGCUAGGAGUAAAGGUCUUAGUGCAACAGGAUCAGCUUUCAAGUAUCAUCCUACAAACCAGCAUAAAAUCAUAAAUUUUGCUUUUACAGGAGAGAAAGUGAUGCCAACAGUUAAAAAUCAGACGCAAAGAAUUACUCCCAAAAUGAUUGAUAGGCCCCAGAUGAAAGCAACAACUACACAGAUAAACUGAAGUGAAAUUGAAUCUGACAGUAAUGAAACUACAGAAAGUCUACCUCACAAUGAACAAAUUUGAGCUCCAAGAUAUGAUACUGCUAAACAACCUGAUCAUAACUUAACCAAGCCUAAACCAGCGAGACCUGUUACAGCAACAUAUCGAAAGAUAAAUAACUCUACAAAAGGAGCGGUGAAGCACGAGCUUAAAUUUUCAUUCAAAUUUGGAGAUCAGAACCAAAAUGGCUUAGCACAAAAAGAUGCCUUAAUAGAAGCUUCCCAAGAAGAAAAUCCCAUAAUUUUACAAUCCGAUUGAAUAAAUUCCAGUGAAGAAAAUAAACAAGAGGCUGGAGGUAAAAUAAGAAACAUUGUGAGGAGUAAAAAUCGGAAAAAGUUAAGCCCUCAUAUUGAUACAGAACCUCUUGAGAAUAAGAAUAUGAAAAGAACCAUUACAAAACAAUCUUUAAGUUUAAAGACAGAUAAUGAAGUUUCCCUAGAAGUCUCCAGAAUACCUCUAAAGGCACUAAAAUAAGCUUGAAAAUACUGCUGAAAAAUUUACUGAGUAUAUUCCAGAAGAGAAGAUAACACCUACUAGUUUAGAGUAUUACAGAAAGAUUAGAAGGUCACAGUCAUCAAAGGUCUUACCUUCUGGGCAAAGGCAGAAGCCCCCGCUUCGACCAAUAAGAGAGUCUAAAGUAAACACAAUGGCUAAAAACAUGCCACAAGAAUGCAAGAAGAGGACAGUUGUGAAAUCUAGACUCAACACUGCUAGACCCAGCCUUUCUGAAAUGAAGCAAGCUAAACCUAUUUCUCGAACAAGCUCUUCUCGAAUUUGAAAUCUCAUCUCGAUCCAUGAGAAAGAAAGGCAAAGUAAACUCCAAUGAUUGACAAAGGCACAGUACCAAAGACUCUUCUUAGAUCACUUGACUGAUCUAGAGAGUUUCCUGGCUCCAGAGAACCACAAGAGAUGGUAUAGGAGGAAGAACCCUGCUCUGACCAGUUCAUUAAUCAGGUCUCAGAUCGAUAUGAUAAGGAACUCUCUUGGAAAAGUGACUAAAUAGUCAUAAAGAAUUGGUGAUUAUUAGAGUCAGCCUAUCUU